AUGGAGAAAGUCCAGGGAGAAAUGGAGAUUGAGAGAUGGGAAAGGAGCGAAGAGCUGUCAGAUGCCGAGAGAAAGGUGAUUCAAGAGACCUGGAGCAGAGUGUACAAGAACUGCGAGGAUGUUGGGGUCUCCAUACUGAUCAGGUUUUUUGUCAAAUUCCCAUCUGCCAAGCAGUACUUCAGUCAGUUCAAGCACAUGGAGGACCCCCUGGAGAUGGAGAGGACCCCACAGCUGCGCAAGCAUGCCCGGCGGGUCAUGGGCGCUGUUAACACCGUAGUGGAGAACAUCAAUGACUCCGAAAAGGUCUCAUCUGUUCUGGCCCUGGUGGGCAAGGCCCACGCCCUCAAGCACAAAGUGGAGCCUGUCUACUUCAAGUUCUUCACCGGUGUCAUGCUGGAGGUCAUCGCUGAAGAAUAUGCCAACGAUUUCACCCCAGAGGUGCAGAGAGCCUGGACCAAGAUGAAGAGCCUUAUCUACACCCACGUGACUGCUGCGUACAAGGAGGUGGGCUGGGUGCAGUAUCCAAACUCCACCAUGUGAGCGGACAUAGGGGCAGGGAGGGGCGGGGAGGGACGUGCAUCAAGACUUCACUCUGGUCUCCCCUCAAGAGCCUCACGAGCUGAGCAGCCUGGUAGGGUUAGCUCUGAAACGGCAGAGGACAAAUUUGAUCUCCCUGUGGCCAAACAGGAGGGUUGGGAGUUGAAGGGGGUGGGAAUGGGGAAUCAUUGCGCUCGGUGGCCCAGUCUUGUUCCAGAGGCCAGUAAAUUAUUGACCUCCCCAAACCCAGAGCCUGGCUUUGAUCUGAUCCCUGAGAAAUGCAUUGGUUCAAAUUCUGCGGUGAGCCAGAGACAUACGGCCCAAAUUUACUGAAGAAUUAAAAGCUCAUCCUAACCCGCUACAGUCUGCAGUGCCCCCAGCCAUCAUGGGCUCCAUACUCAUGGGGUUUGUGAUUUAUCAGGGUCAUGUCCUGCUCUCCUGUCUAGUUUGCAAAGGAAACACGUAACUGUUGAAUUUUUAAAAGAAAAAGAACCCAGCUGGUAAGAAUCCAGCCUGGAAUUAGUGUGGGAUGCAGAGAACCUCCCACUAAACUAUAAAUCCCUGGUACAGGAGCAGCCCAACCCCUCGCCCAUCCUCACCCCAUCCUGAGGCAGCAGUAUUUCAUUGGCACAGAAACCCUUCUCCAUGGCCGUCUGUUGUCCGUAGUCCUGGAGGCUCAGCCCACCUGCAAGGUGUGCUGCUGCAUUUUCAGAAGCAGUUCCGGCACCACAGAGCAUGUCAUGGGAUGCCAUUUAUAGGGCUUGUAGCACAGCCUUGUGGAUAGAGAGUACAACUCCUGAGGCAAGGGGAAGGGGAGGAAAUUAGCACAGGAUCUGGGCCCUGCACUCAGAGAAGUGGCAGCAGCAAGACAAUGGGCAGUAGGCAGCGGAUUGCUGCUGGACAGGGAAAUGCAGGCUCCGGGGAAAAGGAGACGCACUGCGGAACCAGGCUGUCUCCCUUUAACUCCCUCAGUCAUCCCAUAGGAUGUGGGGGAAGCUGGGACAGGCCUCUGAAUUGUCUUAGCCAGUAGGUUCUUCUCACAGUGGCCAUGACCCAGGGAGCUCACAAUUGGCAUGUGUGUGUCUGCAGGAAGAAUGGGAGGUUUAGUGCACCCAAGCCCCGGCUACUCUUAGCACCCUCUGGUUGGAGGAAGAGGAAUUAUGCAAUGAGCAGGAAAGGGGUGAAAAGAUGAACUGAACAUAUUAAGGGUCAAUUUCUGAGUGUGAUGAAAAGUCUCUACUCACUGGAAAAAAAGCUUUGCUCCUUAGAGCAUACAUUUGCCCUCAAAGUGAAACUGGGUUCCUCCAUGUAAAGUGCCUGAUAAAAAUCACUGCAUGAAAGACACUGAUUCCGUCCUCAUCAGUAUCAUGAGCACCUGAUAAAUCCCCACAUUAAUUUAUAACAAAUGACUCUCUCCAGCAUCCCCCUCUGGGAGAGAUGCAUAGUUUAGCACAGCGGUUCUCAAACUUUAGCAACCUGAGGACCCCCAUUUUGAUUUAAACAUUUUCAUGGACCCCCAAGCUCCGCGCUCUGCCCCAGGCCCUGCCCCCAGUCCACCCCUACUCCCAAGGCCCCCCCACCUCUUCCCACCCCAACCUUGCCCCUCCUCUUCCCCGCUUCUUUCUGCCCCCUCCCCCAUGUGCACCCCGUCCCUGCUCCUCCCCUCCCUCUGAGCGCUUCCUGCACACCACUGAACAGCUGUUCUGCAGCGUGCAGGAGGCACUGGGAGGGAGGGGGAGGCAUUGAUCAGCAGGGCCGGCAGCCCUGGACAUGACUCACGGACCCCCUGGAGUACCCUCACGGACCCCCAGGGGUCCAGCGACCCCAGUUUGAGAAACCCUGGUCUAGCAGCAGGAGCUCCUUCUGCAGCCUUGGACAAGUCCCUUACCUUCUCUGCCUCAGUUUCCCCACUUGUCAACAGGGAUAGUAAUACCCCCCAUCCCAAUGCACAGGGGUGUUGCAGGGAUUAAUCAGUGCAUGUCUGUAAAGCAGUGUGGCGAUGAAAAGUCAAGCUGCUCAAAUAACUCUCAGAGAAGCUUGGCAUGUUUUUCAUCCAGUAAUUAUUUCCAAGUAGAUGUCUCCAGGAUACAUCCAGCUCGAGUGGUAAGUGCUACUGCUCAAAGCAAGGGGCAGGGCUCUUUUCCUCGGAGGCUCCCAUCUGCAGCAGACUACCCACAAACCUCAGAUGUAGUCUGCACCUGGGGAGAGACCUGUUCUUAUUCUGUUCGGCAUGUGUGUCUCCAGUUAUAUUCCUCCCAGACAUUCUCUGAGGAGCCGUCAAUGGUCAGUUCCUUAGGAGUGGGGCUGGGACUCUCCCCUUAUCAUACACAUAAGAGGACCAAAAGCGUGGGGUUGAGCUGAGUAUGCUCCUUGUACCAUGAGUGCCACUCCUACUACCCCCGCAGUAGCUCCCUCUUUCCAGCCAGUCCUAAGAAAGUGGCUGUUCUCACUAGGGCAACUCUGUCAUAUGAUCUGUGCUGGCAACGAGCCCAGGAGCUUUCCCCAUGGGCUAAAUCGAUAGUUACACCAGGGAUGGAUUUGGCCUCAUGCGGCCUCUAUACCAGGGGGCUGCACUGAGCAGGUCUGGAGCCAAAUGACAAUUUUAAGUAGUAACUGAAGUGAUGUCACUUCCCCAAAACUGCACCCAGUUUGUGGAUUAACUUUCCUUUCUCCUCCUUCCACCUUCCCUCAUUUUGUCACUCCUCCAGCUCCUCCAUUUGCCCCCUCCCUCUGUGUCUUUCUCCCUCCCCUCUCCCUGUAUGACUUACAGGAUAAGUAAUGUAGUUGGGCCAAUAAGAGAUAUUACUUCACCCACCUUGUCUCUCUAACAUCCUGGGACUUACAUGGCUACAACAACACUGCAUACAAAGUACCACAGAGUCUGCUACCACAUGGGACUUCCCUUGAAAAUGCCCGACCGGUUAUGUGGUGCUCACCCAGCACAGUACAUUGUACUGCCUUUGUAAAUAGCCUGCUGCUACAUUGUACUUCUAUCGUAACUACCCUGCCCUUGGAUGGUACGUACUCCACACAUAUCCUGCCUUGUUUGUCCCAUGCAGACCAGCUAGUAGACAAGCAAGUCAGAUAGCAAGAGUCCUACUUAGAUUGGAAGCUCUUUGGGGCAGGGACUGUCUUCUCCUGGACUGAGUACUGUUGAUGCGUAAUUCACAAUACUGAGUAAUAAAGAGCUGCUGGUGCAUGUUAUAGGCCAAGAAAUUCAAUGAUGAAGUUUGACCAAACAGGCAUUUAUCAUUCUCUCACCAUUUUCCACCAACGAAGAAGAGAGUAAUUCUGCUGUGAGUUAAAUCCUUCCCCGUGUGCAUCGGCGGUGGCCGGGUCCCUUUCUGCGAGCAUGGCUGGUAGAGCACAAGUCUCUUCGCCUCUCACAGGGAGGAGCAGGGUGGAAAGGAGCAGAAUGUUUUGUACGUGGGCCCUUGUUUAUUGCGUUUCUCUGUAACCUUCCCCACAGGUUUGGAAUUCCUUGGGAGACAGAGGGCUGGGACAGGGGGGGUCACAUAUGGAGGAAGCUGGGGGCCACACUUUCCUGUCACGCACAGUUCUCUAAGCUGCUCGUCUGGACUUGGGUCCUUCAAAGUUCUGAGCCCUCUAGCCCCAAUCCGUCAGAGCACUUGAGCACCUGAUUCACUUUAAGCACAAGUGGGCCUCAUCCAGAUGUCAGCGGGCCUGGAGUGCUCAGCAUCUUGCAGGAUCAAGCCCUUGGUACCUCUCUUCUUUCUCAGCAUCCCACAGCUAUGAAAUGGCAAUGUUCCAAUAAGAUUCCUAGUGAAUCUAACCUGAUCUGAUCAGACACUAAAUCUUUCUUAGGCUCUGGGGCAGGGCCCGGCUCUCCGUUCCUGUAUUCUUGUAUCAAUGGUUCUAAUACCUCCGGUUUAUAGACACCAUCGUGUCGUUUAUUUGUGUUACCCACAACCACCACCACCCUUUACUGUCUGUGCAGCAGCUCUGCUAGCAGACACAUCCAAACCCCAUCCCCUUCUGCCAGAAGGAAGCGAUCUCUCCACGCAGACCUCUCCCUUUACCCUGAGCCUACGUGCCUUUCCCAGUCUCUCUCAUUCCCCCUUUGCCCUUCCUCCCCAUGUGCCUUUCUACUCUUCCGGCUAAUGGAUUAACUAGCUCUUUAGCACCCCGCAGCUCAGACUGAUCUAGUAACUAGCCCCAGCUUCCCUGAACCAGGCCCUUCCCCAGGGAAACUAAUUGGGCAUACAGUGACCAGAGUACUGGUUCAGCUGCUGGCUCUCAGCACUGUCAGACCCCCAUGAUACCAGUGCCAUAAAGUUCUAGGUACUAUGGCUUGGAUUUAGUCACGGGCUAUGCUGAGAUUUCGUAAAAGCCUAUAGAGAUGUCCUGGGAUUGACACAUCAGACCCAUGGCUCCACUUGCUGAAUGUUCCCUCCCCCCCCCCCCGGCAUUUCGAGCCAGUGUUUUCAUUAUGUGCAGUUUGUGAAGAGUGCAAGUGAAAAUUGUGGGGAUCAGAAAGAGGGUCUCUGCAGAUUUUUAGCGUUAUCCCCAAACCCAAGUUCAUCUCCUUUCCUUGUCUAAGGAAGAGGGGGAAUUUCUUUUGCAUUGGGAGAAUGGUAGCAAAAAAUUCCGAUCUCAGAUUUUGAUCAGAAUUGCCAGUUAAAAAAACAACAACAUUCUCUUAUCACCCACAGAUAGGUCUCUUUCAGCCUUCUCUCUCACUCGCGAAGAACCUGCACUGUCUCCUUGUGCCAACCUGAGAUUAACCCAGGGUCCUUUAAAACGUAUAUAAAUGUAGUGCUGGUGGAAGGUACUGGACAGACAGUCCUGGAGACUGAAGUCCUCUGCUGUAUUUAUCUAUUGCAAAAGGACAGCACAGGGAGCAGCAAUGCAAACUUCCCUGCAUCGUGCUACCAGAGCAUCGCCUUGACCUUGAGUUGGAGGGACCGUCUUGAGCGGAGAGGCCAGUUCAGUCUCCAUCCUAAUCUCUCCGCUGAGAGCAUCAGUUUAAGAGUUUAAGGCCAGAAGAGAGCAUGAGAUCAUCUAGUCUGACCUGUGUAUCACAGGCUGCAACAUUUCCCUCAGUUACACCUGCACUGAACCCAAUAACUUGUGUUUGGCUAAAGCAUCUCUUCCAGAAAGGCAGCCAGUGUUAAUCUGAAGACAUCAAGAGCUGACAAAUCCCCCAGUCCUCUUGGGAGCAAAGAUGGCUCUGGGUAUUCUAGGGCAUGGAGCCCUUUACCUUGAAGUCAAUGGUUGAAAUCCCCACCAGCGUGGUGGAGACAGAGAGAAUUUUUUAAAAGGCAUUUCAGUGCCCAAUCCUCAUUAAAAGUCAGUGGGAACCAGGCACCUAUUUCCUAUUGUGAACUUUGAAAAUCUCCCCCAGAAUUAUUACCCUCUGAUUGUUAGACAAUGGCCUCUAUGGAAUAGCUCAGUCUCAGCCCAGACUCGAGCAGACAGGUGUCCAUGAUGUCACAAUACCCACCACUGUCUAUCUUACCCCCAGCUGGCAGAAGGGAAACUCAGCAGCAGAGGUUUGAGCCUGCUUACAGUCAGUGCUGCUCUCCAAGCCAUACACAGGGGAGAGAGAACAGCUUUUAGCUUCAGACAUGACAUGACUUAAGGGUAGCGAGAGGCCAAUUUUUUAUAUAUAUAAAAAAAUCCAAACGGUUUGAAGAGAAUUAAGCAGAAUGAGGGAGUUUGUUCCAAGACUGAAUGGAAGGCAAGCCUGUGAUAAAUACAUUAACUCUCCCAGGGAAUGAUUUCUCCCCAGGUGGCAAGCAGCCAGACAUUCCUGACUUCACUCACUAGCAGCCAGAUUGAUUUAUUCUUUGAAAUAGCUCGAAGGAUUUUUUUUUCAGUGCAUGAAAUGCUCUGGCCUCUCUUUAUUGGCUGCCCUAGAGCCAGGUUAGGGCAUGUCUAUAAGUACAGCACUGCAGCUGGAUCAAUACAGCUGUGCUGCUGCCACAUGUCUGGGAAGACACUCUGUGCCGAUGGGGAGAGCACUUUCUCGUCAGCACUAAAAAAAACAACCCACCCCUGCGAGCGGCAUAAGCUAUGUCAGCGGGAGAAGCUCUCCCACCAACAUAGCACGGUGCAGACGAACGCUUGUGUCGGUGUCGCUUAGGGGGGUGGAAUAUUCACACCGCUGAGUGACACAAGUUUUGCCGACAUCGGUGUAGUGUAGAUACAGCCUUAGUAAGAAGCCCAAAAAGCAACACGCGCACAUUGCGGUCUUCCCAACCAAACACAGUAUCAGUAGCCUCUGCGUUUGCACGACUCAGGAGACUUGAGAGUAAGAGGAGCAGGGCUGCAAAUGAGUCUCUCCACAGGGUUUUCAUUAGGCACUUUCAUGGGCACCCGUGCCUUUCCUGGCACUAAUGGGAGUAAAGAUAUUAAAUAGGAUUCUCUACCUUGUUCACUAACCAGGUGUGGGGUGCAGAAAGAUCCCCAUUCAAGGUCACCCCACUCUGAUCCUACCAGAUAGGAAAUGGAUCCUGCCAGGGAUGUGUGCCAUGCCCACUGAAUUCUGUUAAACAGAGCUGGUUGCUUUCUCCUCCCAUCCUUUUCCCCUACAAUCACCUUUCUCCCUCUCUGCUGCCUAAGACACUGAGAACCCCACAAGACUUCUAGGAUCGCCCAGGAAAGGAAUGCGAGCCAACACAACGUCCAGAUGCGGAGAGAGCAGCCCCUGGGCCACGGCCCAGUUAAAACAAGAUAGAAAUGGAAACAUUAUGAACAAAUUUCUUUCCCCCCCUCUUUUUUGAGCCCUGGAUUUUAGCCAGGGUUUGGGCUUAUAUAGACCAUAGAUCAUUGCAGACUCUGGUGUAAACUAGCAUUUGUGAAACAUUAUAAAUCACCUGGACUCUUUAUGCAGCUCUUACCAUCGCACCCAAUCAUCCCCACUCUCCUCGAUUAGCUUCAUUCUGCCACAUAUGGCUCUGCUCACUGGCUGCAGCACUAAUAGGGAAAACCCAGCACAGGGGCCUUCAGACCUUUCAGAAAAGGUAGAGAUUUGACAACCAGGAACACAGAAUACAAAUUCGUCUAGGAAAGGAACAAAGGAUUCUUUAAAAUCAAAUAGCUAGAAAUAGGAUCACACCAGGCCACCAAAUCUGAUCCAUCCCAGAGCUUAGGGGAAGUUAGAUCUCAAACUUUACAGUGGACCAUGUCAGGUCAUUGGGGUGAAACCCCCAGGUGUGGGAUGCUCCCUCUGGAGCUGAACUUUGUGAAUCAAACCCAUGCCUAGAAUGAACAAAGCCCCAUGAGUUGUUUUGCUUGAUGCCUCUCUCAUGGACAGUGCAGAGCUGCAACCACUCUGCUUUGCAGCUCUUUCCUCCAGAGCACACAGGCAGAACGGAUAUGUUAAGAGAUACCCUUCCAGACAGUGUGUGUCUAACCAUUAAUGGUCCUAGUAGCGGGUAUUUCCUGGGGAUAAAUGACCAGUUGGAUAGAAAUGAUCAUCUGACCUGCCGCUUUCCUGUCUUUCCAGGUACUUGUCUGUUCUCUGUCACUAGAGUAUCUGAACUCCACAUGGUCAUAAAUCCCCAGUGCGGAGGCUGUUAUAAGAUUAAACGGUUUAAAAAAAAAAGCCCACAGGAACAUGGAUUUAUAAUUAGGGACAAUGCAGGGUCACUUGGAAUGUAAUGGGCUUGAUUUAGAGAAUUAGUACAUUGUAUGUGCACAAACAUCUCAACAGCUAACAUCUGAAUGUCUAUUCAGCUGCUAGCCAUUUGUAUGAACUUCAGGGACAUGUUCCACCUGUCAGCUAAGUUUGCAGCUGGGUCAUUUCAUAGCUAGGACCAUAUUAAUUACAAAUGGGGAAAAAAAGCUGUUAAUUCAUUGAGUUUAUUCCCAUGCAAGGGCAAGGAUGGUAUCUAACAGGGGAUUUCAGAUGUCAUCUACCUAGCCCGCAGGAGUGUAGCGUGGGUUAAUUCAUUAAUUUUUGCAAAGCCCUUUGCAAUCCUUGCCUGGAAGGUGUUCUAGAAGCAGAAAUCGCGAUCAAUUAGUUCAUGUUAUCUAAGUGCUGUGGACCAGAUCCUCAGGUGAUGUAAAUCAGCAUAGCUUCACAUACUUCUACAGAGCAAUGCUGAUUUACAGCUGGCCCAUUAUGUGCUAGGUGUGGUUACAGUCUAUGAGUAAAGUGUGUUAGUAAAUACGUGUUUUCAAUCAUUGUCUCCUUGAGGGAAUUAUUCCCCCCCCCCAUCAGACCUUUUCUCUCCAUAAGAUGUAAUGGAUCAAAUUCCCCCUUGGUGUAAUUGGAUGCAACUCCACUGACUUUAAUCCAGUCAGAGUCACUUACUUCAAGGCUAGAUUUGGAGCUAGGACUUUGGUCCUGACACAACAGCCAUUGAAAUCAACAGAAAGACAGGUCAGUGGGAGUGAGCUUGGCUAUGAAAGGCCCAGAGGAUUGUGACUGUGGAGGUAUGGAAUUCAUUGCAAAAGUCUGGCAUUGGAGAUGGACAAAAGCCACAAGGUUCAAGAGCACACUCAGUCUGGGGGCCUCGGUUUCUUGAUGGCCAACAGUUGACACCCAGGGCUGAUUUUCAAAGGUGCUGAGCACCCGCAACUCCAGCUGAAGUUAAGUUAGGACUUAGUGUGGUUCAAGCUGUCCCCCACCAGGAAACUGUGACACCCAGAAUUAGUGGACACUCGAAAAUGUUGGUAUUUUGUGUCCUGAGCAGAUUGUCUGUAGCGUCUGGAACUCAGCACAGCAAUCACAUUAGAAAGACACAGCACAACUUAGCGUAUUUUUUUAAGAUAUAUUUUUCUUAAUACCAUCCAGCUGUGCACAGCUGCUGUCCCUGGAGGAUCCACCCAAUAAGCCAAAUCGCAGGCCACUCAAAUACAUGCAAACAAAAACAUGUUUAUUUUUACCAGCGCUGUAGGAAGUAGAAUGAAUGGGGCCGUGCCAGAGAAUAGACACAGAUAAAGUCAACACCCCCUCUCCACCCCCGAAACAGAACAGGGCUUGUUUAGAUCAGGAAAAUCUCAGCAGAGAAGAGACAAAACCAAGUUGAACAUUGGAAGGGAAAUAAUUCCUGAGCAAGACAGGAAUGAGCAAUGCCGUGAGGGAGAGCAGAAGGGAAGAACUGGUCUUGGCUCUGAACAUGGUUUUCUCUUGCAUGCACGCACAAACAUACACACACACACACACACACACAGCUGCUGCAUGUUCCCGACAGCUCUGUUUUGUAUCCCAAAUGGUCUCUUCUCGCAACCAUCCAAAAUUUUGAAAUGGAGAUUCUUGGAAACUGGAGUUCAUUUAUCUCCAGCUCCAUCUUCCCUUGCCCAGUGGAUGUGCAGUACGUUGCCUCUUGGCUUGUCUACAAGCCGCCUGUUACGAAGGCAUGUUCCAAAGCAAAUGCCUGCUGCAUAUACUUCGGUUUGAAUUAAUAAUGAAGUUGCCUAAGCCCAUAUAAGUAGGGGUAGCAGAAUCUGGGCCUAUGACAAACAGUAUCUCACUCAGAUUAGUCCAUAGAAAUCUGGGAGGCUACUUGCACGAUAAGGUAUUAUUCAUUGUAAGAGUAGCCAAUUCAGGAUCUUAUGGCCUGCUCCAAACCCCACAGAUGUCAACAGACAGGAGCCCAUUGAACUUGGGAUCAGGUCUACUUUGCAUUCCUCUGCUAUCCCCCAUAUGAGUCUUCCUGUCCCUUCACAGCAUGGCCAUGUCUACCAGACCCAGGACACUACCUGUUCUUCUGGUAUACCAGGUCUCUGGAGUCCUUCCCCUCCCAUCAAAGUCUCACCGCUACCCUCUCUGCUCCAAUAACAUCGGUUCACUAAAUGCUCUUUAGUUCAACUUUAAAACCACUGAUUGGCAUGCCAAGCUGUACCAGUGUUGCUGUGACAAGGGGAGCAGCUGCCUGGAAAGGAUCCCUGCCUGUCACAUAGCUGGGCAUACAAGGAAGAAGCUGACUCCCAGAGGGGAAGGGUGUGUGCGCUUUUCCCUUGGCUGCGGGAGGUGGGGAACCUUUACCCUUUCCAGGCGACUGCCUCACUUUCUCAGCGACCAAGGGUAAAAGUGAGAAAACACAGGGUAUCAAGCACAUGCCCAGCACAUCGUUCACACUAGGUUUUGGGUUAUAUCCCCAUGUGUCCAUUUCUCAUAUCUAUCCAUUUCUGGUUCAAUGGCAGGCUGCUCCAUAGUGCAAUGCCACCUCAGCUGUCCCUUCCAUCUCAGCGAUACAGUUUUCUGCCCCACUUUUCAGUGGAAAGGCUUUGAUAAUCCUUUGAAGAACAGUUUCCGUCAUCUCCCUUCCUAUACAGACAGAUUAGAAAGGGCCUGUUUAGCCUCAUCUCUCCUCUCACAUGGGUUGCACAGCUGUUACUCUCUGUGCUUGCACUUCCGCCUUGGGCCUUCCAGCUCCCACCUCUAGUGCAGCCCCAGGUCUGUAUUUGGUUAGAGUCUGGUGCAGUUUGUCAUGUUUUCCUGCAGGGAGGGGAUAGUGUCUUUCAGGAUGGAGGCUCUGUACAGGGGGGUGCAGCAGUCUAGGUUGUUACUCUUUUUAACCUGUUCUCCCCAGUGGCUCCUGCAGAGUGGUUUGAGAUUUGGGGCUGGGGGUUUGGACACUGUUUCAGGGUGGAUGAGGUUCAGGCUCCUCUGAAGUGACUUUGGCGCAUUGAAAGUUUUUCCUUAGGACUCUGCCUUCGUGUAACCUUGACUCCAUAGAGUGAGUGUGCCCUGACUAACAAAACCAGAUACAUGAGUGACAUGGGUAGAGAGGGUGGCUUAGCAGUCUAACCCUCAGGUUUGAAACUCCCCACCAUGUGCCCUGCUCAAGGUACACACACCAGCCACCUGUUCCAGGGGGGCUGUGUCUAUGAUGCCCCGGUAUGUCCUAGCUCAAUAGAGGCAGUUCAUGCUCCUUUUAUUAUCUCAAAACUGCCUCUGCCCCAUCUGCUGCACCGUACAAGCCCUGGCAAUGGCCUUCAGUUCUUCUCCUUCAUGCAUCAGUGUUGUUGCCAGAAAACUGAGCUGCCCAGCCUCAUCCCUCGUUAUGGGGCUAUUGAGGAAGAAAGCUAGAAGAGCAGAGAAUCCUCAACAGGGAUGGGUUCUGCACCCAUGAGAGCAAUGAUCAAACACAACAGAUAGCCUGCAUAUGGAUGUCAGCUGUAUUUAUUUGUAGCCUAUAUACACAUAUUUUUUAUAGCUACAGAGGAGUUUCUGUAUGAAAGCUAAAUAGAAUACCUGCUUGCUAACUUCAGCAUUUAUACAUGCUUGUGGGAGAGCAUAGAGAUAUAUGAAUAUGUAGUACCCAUGUAGCAGAAGUAUAAAACAUUGUGGCUGACAUUUUUAAAUCUCCCAAAACAAUUUGGGUGCAAACAAGGGAGCAAGCUGUGCCCACUAUACACAUGGUAUCUCACACAUGAAGUCCUGUCCACACCAAAUGGAGCCAAUACCACCCACUCCUUUCGCACAGGCUGCCAAAGAACCUUCAGAGUGAGUCUAGCUCACAUCAGUACAAACUGGGGACCUGGACAUGAAAGGUUUUGCAGCCUAUGGCCUAUCCCAGGAUGAAUGAUGAGGAUCUAGAAAUUAGGUGCCGGGGGAACAAAAAUAAUGCUGCAUAGGAAGUGGACAAGGCAAAGGUCCCAUCUACCCUGUCUCCCCAUCCUAUGAGAUUUGCUUUUGAAAAUAGACAGAUUUCAGAGCCAGCUAAGACCAGGACACCAAAUCCCUUAGGGAUCUUACAAAACUCUCAGCCCUACUCUACAGGCUAUACUCAAGGGCCAAAGCCUGCAGCUUACAAUAGCAAUAUGGCCACAUUCAGACUGUUACAGUAGAAUCCUGCUGUAGUUUGGUUUUGUUAUUUUUGGAUCAAGGAGAUCUUAGGUUCAUUGAAAUCUAUGGCAGAAUUCCCAUUGACUGAAAUGGAACCUGAAUUUCCCCUCCAGAGCAUGUCCUCCCUACUCAUUGCUGUAGUGAAGCUGUGCUGUCGUGUUGGUAUCAGUGCAGGUAUUGCCAUGGUCAACACAGGCGAUGUCAGAAAAAGGUUGGAUGCUCAGAAGAGAGAGUGCAAAAAAAGCUUGGACCAACUUUAAAAAGAAAGCGUGGGAUAAAUAAGUGUGGAUAAAUAAUAAGUCUGAAAUAUUUAACGAACUGUAACAAUACUAUUUUCCAUAGCUAAAGUUGUCUGUUAGUAUGUCCUUAUCUGGUCCCCCGGUGACCCGCACUUGUGAACCAAUUUGGUCAGAUGUAAUUCUGUGUCUUCAGUGUUAAGAAUACUAUAAUGGGUACUGUUCAUGUACGUGUUAUCGGAGCUCAUGUGCUUUUUUUCUACAUGCCGUUUAGUGUACUAUGGAUGUAAUUUUUCUUUUUGUAGGUUUUUAGUAUGUUUGUAACAGGACAAAAUUGUGUAAUUAAACUGAACUUGUACCUUCCAUCGAUAAAUCAAUCAAACCCAUUAUCCUCA